AUGGUCACAAGAAGUAAGGCGGGCAUUUCUUUUGAAUUAAGGGACCAUUAAGACCCACGUCCUCCAUAACAUCCUAACUGUCUCCCUAACUGCUACCUUCUCAUCAUUCAAUUCAGCUCUUCCAUCCCAUCCUCCUCCUCCUCCUCUUCCUCUUCCUGCAACCCACAUAGAAGAAGAAAGAAAGAAAGAAUUAUACUUCUUUGAUCACCAAAAGAUGAAGUGGGGAAGAAAGAAAUCCAUCAACAACCACAACUCUUCAUCCUCUCACCCCUCCUUGCUCUCUCAAGUCUUCCCCAUCUCUUGGAUUUCAAAAUUCAAGCAAAUGGGCAUCAAAUCUGAACCCAAACAUUCUAAAACCAAGUUUAAAACUAGACCGAUGUCACCUUCCCUGAAUUCUACGCCGCGGCGACACCCAAAGGACUUAUCCUUCACACCGGAGUUCCUUGGUAGAAGAAUUAGCCAGAGGAGAAGUAGAGCUUUAACUGAGAUGGAUGGAGAUGAUGACUUUUGGAGACUUUCUUUUGGUGGAGAAAGCACUGAUGGUAGGAAAUCCAGAGCUCCUUUGCGUUCUGUUUGGUAUGAUUCUGAGGAUGAUGAGCUUGAAUUGCCACCAAGGUCUAGUUGUCGUAGUUGCAGGUCGGUUGCAAUGACAGCAAGAACUGAAGAAUCAUUCAAUUUUACUGAUAUGGUCUCUGAUAUUAGAAAGACCAGAGGUUCUCCAGCAAAUGCAAAAUGUGAAGGUCAGGAAUUCGAAACAACUUCGAAGAGAAUUACGAAGGAUUCGAAAGUGACAAACAGAAAAUCUAGGAAGUCAAGUGGAAGAACUGCAGAGAAAGACCAAUUUUUAUCGCAAAUAGAAUCAGGGGAAGAGAAUUACAAUUCAAGGCAAUCUCUUUAUGUUUCUUCUCAUGCGAGGAAGAGCAAUCAGGGGAGAAUUACUUCGAAUUCGGAAACAACCCAUCAAGUAGGAUCAGAUUCAGAGCAGAAGAAAGCAAAAGACUUGAAGAUUGAAUUCUUGUCCAGAUAUGAGAAACCCAGAAAUUCUGGAGAAUUACAAAGAAGAACAAAACAGAGUAGCAAAGUUAGAGUUUCUUCUCCAAGAACUCCUUCCAAGAGUGAGGUUUGCAAAAUAAAGGCUCUUGAAGACAUGAAGAAGUCCAAGAUGAAGAAGAUGAAGAUGAAAGAGAGAGCAGUAGAGGAAACAACAACAACAGCUUUGAAGAGCUUUGCAGUAGUGAAAUGUUCGUUCGACCCAGAGAAGGAUUUCAGAGAUUCAAUGGUGGAGAUGAUAUCUGAGAAUCAGAUUAGAGGACUUGAAGAGUUUGAAGAGCUUUUGGCUUGUUAUCUGACUUUGAAUUCAGAUGAAUACCAUGAUCUCAUUAUCAAGGUCUUCAAGCAGGUAUGGUUUGAUUUGAAGAGGCUUUCUUCAAGUCCUGAUUUACAGAAAGAUCAUCCUCCUAAUGAUCAGUAAAACUGUAUUUUUUUAAUUUUUAAUUUUUUCCCAAAAAAACUAGAGAAAAAUAAAAUCUGUAACUCUGCAAUAACUGGUUAAUGAACUUAAAAUGCUUUUCUAGAUAAGAUUCCAUUACUUCUUCUUCUUCUUUUUGGGUUACUUGAAUUCCAAAAAAUUUUAUUAGUAUUGUUGAUAUUGAUAAAAACUCAGGUAGCCUGGGAAUAGUUUAUGUUUGGUUAAAAGUUUAAGCUAAUGAUUAGAUAAAGAGUCCUUUUUGAAGUUUGAACAACCAUGACCACAAGGAACUUUGAAAUGCUUGAGUGUUGCUUCUAACUUUAGCUUUCACUUAACUAGUAAAACAUUGGACCAAGCUAAAUGAUGCAAAAAGAGAUUUAAGAGGACAUUACUUUAUUUAAAAUGUGAGUGAAUUCUUCAUAGAUGAUGGAUUGUUGGGAUUGUAAAUCAUCUGAACAGUGGCUAGGAUAGGAUACCUUCAUAAACAUUCUCAAGUGAAGAGGAGACUUAAAAGAGGAAUGUAAGUUUAAUGAAGUUUAAGUAUAAGAAGAUGCAUUUUUAUUUUUUUUU